AUGGGCUCUGUGACAUACCGCGAUGGCAUUGCCAUCAUCCAGAUUAUCAUUUUUCCCAUGAUUCUUGCCGGGGCUGUUCGCAUCUGGAGACGGAUGGGUUGGAACGCUGCAGCUCACUCAUGGCGCUUCGUCGUCACCCUCUCACUCCUACGGAUCACUGGUUCGAUUUUUACACUAUUGACGAUUAGCCACGAAUCGCAUAGUAUCGUUAUCGGUGAGGCCGUAUGUGAGCUGAUUGGUAUUGCGCCUCUUUUGUUGACCUACGUUGGACUGUUGGGACAAAUCGAUACAAAUCACAUCAUAUCCCCUAAGAGCCUGCAUGGGGUGGCUAUCACCGGCUUCGUUGGCCUCGUCCUCGGUAUCGCAGGAAUCAGCAUGACUGAUGACACCAAGGGCCCUUUCCAUGCGAACGGCGUCGUCAUGGGCGCCAUGGGGACCUUCAUAGCUGUGUUCGUCAUCUUCACCGUGCAAGCGGUGUACCUGGCCAUCAAAAUGCGGUCUACAGUGAAUAGGGCGCAAAAGAAGCUGUUCCUCGCUGUUGGCCUCUCUUGGCCAUUCCUGUUAGUCCGGUUGGUUUACUCGUCAAUCGGCGAUUUUAGCAAUGACGCUCGGUUUGCCAUCCUCACAGGCGAUGCCACCAUCUAUCUCUGCAUGGAUGUACUGGAAGAGAUUGCCGCUAUGGCCCUGUGUGUUUUCUUUGGCUUGUCGGCUCUGUUGCAGGAAGAGCCUAAAUUGGUCGCUGAUUACGACUUUACAUCACAAAUGGAGACUACUAAAGUAUAA